GACACUGGAGAGCUCAGCAGCACGGAGCCUUUACGCAUGGUGCCACCAGCAUGAUGACACCUCCACCCACUGUCUGAGCAGGACGGAUACUUAUGCUGUGGCAUCAGGGUGACAUGGGGAGCAGAGGCGCCUUAGGGUGCCUGCUGGCCGUGUUCUCCUGCCUCCUCCCCGGCUGCAGAGGGAACAUCACCGUGGCCGUCAUGCUCCCAGACAACCACCACAAGUACCCGUGGGCUCUCCCUCGCGUCCUCCCGGCCAUCCUCAUGGCGUACGACGACCUCCCCGGUAAACACGGUCUCCUUCUCAACCGCUCCAUCCGCAUCCUCCACUACAGCACGGAGGACCCGGUUGCGGGCUCGUGCGCAGAGAGCCGGGCUCAGGUCGUGGCCGUGGACGCGAAGCUGUACGUCCGUCCCGACGCGUUCUUCGGACCCGGAUGUGUGUACCCGUUGGCCUCCGUGGGCCGGUUCGCGUCCCACUGGAAGCUUCCGCUGAUCACGGCCGGAGGACCCGCGUACGGGUUCGAUAAACGGGAGGAGUACCGGACCAUCGUGCGCAGCGGGCCGUCCACCACUAAGCUGGGGGACUUCGCCAACGUGCUGCAUACUCACUUUAACUGGACGUCCCGGGCCGUGGUGAUCUUCCACGACCUGAGGCAGGACGACCGGCCGCACUACUUCCUGUCGGAGGGAAUCUACCUGAACCUGAAGGGCGAGAUGAACGUCACGGUGGAGGCAGAGCCGUACGAGGACGACCACAAGGACUACAAGGACCUGAUCAGCUUCAUGAAGGAGCGGGGGAGAAUUGUAUACAUCUGCGGGCCCCUGGACACUUUCCUGAACAUCAUGAAACUGUUCCAGAGGGAGAUCCAGGACCCAGAAAACUACGCCAUUUUCUAUCUGGACGUGUUUGCGGAGAGCUUGGCGGAUCGCAAACCGUGGCAGAACACUGACUCUGACUGGGCCGAUCCCAUCAAGGUCUUUAAGUCUGUUUUCGUCAUAACGUACAGGCCUCCUGACAAUCCAGAGUACAAGGACUUCCAGAGGAAACUCCACGCCAGAGCUCAGAAGGAUUUUGGGGUGCAUUUGGAACCAUCAUUGAUGGACUACAUCGCCGGCAGCUUCUAUGAUGGUUUCGUGCUCUACGCAAUGGCCUUGGAGGAGACGCUGGCUGACGGUGGAGCCCAGAACGACGGCAUCAACAUCACUAUGAGGAUGCAGAACCGCCGAUUCUGGGGAGUGACAGGGCUUGUUACCACAGACCACAAAAAUGCCAGGGACAUAGACGUCAACCUGUGGGCGAUGACCAACCAGGAGACAGGAGAGUACGGGCUGGUUGCGUACUACAAUGGAACCACUAAAGACAUCAUUUGGUCCCAGACAGAGAGGAUCCACUGGCCCAAAGGGGCCCCACCGCUCGAUAACCCCCCCUGUGUGUUUUCCACAGACGACCCCUCCUGCAAUGAUGGUCAUCUGCCAGUACUGGGUAUUGUAGCUGUGGGAUCUGGCCUAGCGCUCAUCAUUUUUGGAAUCUCCAGUUUCCUCAUUUACAGGAAACUGAAGCUCGAGAAAGAGCUGGCUGGAAUGCUGUGGAGGAUUCGGUGGGAAGACCUUCAGUUCGAGAGCCCCAAUAAAUACCACAAACGUGCCGGCAGCAGGCUCACCCUCUCGCAGAGAGGCUCCAGCUACGGCUCCUUGAUAACUGCCCAUGGAAAAUAUCAGCUAUUUGCAAAAACAGGCUAUUUUAAGGGGAACCUGGUGGCCAUCAAGCAUGUCAACAAGAAGAGGAUAGAAUUGACCAGACAAGUUUUACUGGAACUCAAACAUAUGAGAGACGUUCAGUUCAACCAUCUAACCAGGUUCAUCGGAGCCUGCAUUGACCCUCCGAACAUCUGCAUCGUAACAGAGUACUGUCCCAGAGGCAGCCUGCAGGACAUAUUAGAGAAUGAGAGCAUCAACCUGGACUGGAUGUUCCGCUGCUCGCUUAUCAACGACAUAGUGAAGGGAAUGAACUAUCUCCACAACAGCUACAUUGGCUGCCAUGGAAAUCUGAAGUCAUCCAAUUGCGUGGUGGACAGUCGAUUUGUUUUGAAAAUCACGGAUUAUGGCUUGGCCAGUUUCCGUUCGUCCUUCGAAAACGACGACUCGCACGCACUCUAUGCAAAGAAACUUUGGACGGCUCCUGAGCUGCUCAUAUACGACCGCCAUCCUCCUCAAGGAACUCAGAAGGGUGACGUGUACAGUUUUGGCAUCAUACUGCAGGAAAUAGCCCUGAGGAAUGGACCUUUCUAUGUGGAGGGCAUGGACCUCAGCCCCAAAGAGAUCAUACAGAAGGUGAGGAACGGUCAGAAGCCGUUCUUUCGGCCGACGUCAGACAACAAAAGCCACUCGGAGGAGCUGACCGUCCUGAUGGAGAGCUGCUGGGCCGAGGACCCCGCUGAGAGGCCCGACUUUGGCCACAUUAAGUUCUACAUGGCCAAACUCAACAAGGAGGGAAGCACCAGUAUUCUAAACAACCUGCUGUCCAGGAUGGAGCAGUACGCCAAUAACCUGGAGAACCUGGUGGAGGAGCGAACACAAGCUUACCUGGAGGAGAAAAGGAAAGCGGAAAACCUCCUCUAUCAAAUUUUACCACAUUCAGUAGCAGAGCAGCUAAAACGAGGUGAGACGGUGCAGGCAGAAGCCUUCGACAGCGUCACCAUUUACUUCAGCGACAUUGUGGGCUUCACGUCCAUGUCUGCGGAGAGUACACCGCUACAGGUUGUCACAUUGCUCAAUGAUCUCUACACCUGUUUUGAUGCCAUCAUCGAUAACUUUGAUGUAUACAAGGUGGAGACCAUCGGCGACGCCUACAUGGUGGUGUCCGGUCUGCCAGUGCGGAAUGGAAAACUGCAUGCCAGAGAGAUCGCUGGGAUGUCGCUGGCGUUGUUAGAGCAGGUCAAAACGUUCAAGAUCCGACACAGACCCAACGACCAGCUGAGACUCAGGAUAGGUAUACACACAGGUCCAGUCUGUGCCGGCGUGGUCGGUUUGAAAAUGCCCAGAUACUGUUUGUUUGGAGAUACUGUCAACACAGCAUCUCGAAUGGAGUCCAACGGAGAGGCCUUAAAGAUCCACUUAUCCUCUGCCACCAAAGAAGUGCUGGAUGAGUUUGGCUACUUUGAUCUCCAGUUACGAGGAGACGUAGAAAUGAAGGGCAAAGGCAAAAUGAGAACGUAUUGGCUUCUUGGGGAGAAGACUGAUGUGUAUGUUAUCUGAGAGGCCUGCUGAUAAUGUGGCAGCAGCAGUGGAGACGACAGCAGAAGCUCCGGUGACCGAGCCACAUCUUUAUUUGUUCUAGAAUAAGUCCUUAAUCGUGAUUUCCGUGCAGAGGAAAAAAAGAACGACACCAUACAACAAAAAAACUGAGGGAAUUCCAGGUAUAUUUAUUACCUGCAUACUUUAACUGCAAAAAAAGAAAAGACCAAAAAAAAGACAAAAUAUUGUAAAAGUUGUUUUUUCUUUUGUAUGAAGAACCUUUCUGUCCUGAGUACUUUUCACUGAUAAAUUCUUAUUUUUUGUGCUUUCUAUAUUAAGAUUUGUAUAAUGUGUUUGGGAGUCAAUUAUGUAGUAAUAUUUCCUUAAAAAACAUCCGUUGAGGUUUGGAGGCACAGCGUUACACUUGAUGUCACUGCAGGGGUUCAUAAACCGUGUUACACAGUACAAGAUAAUAUGUAUAUAUGUAUAUCGAAGAUACUGUAAGAUAUUUUGUUGAAUAAACUGAGUAAAACACUCUUUUUUCCA